CCAAAACUUCUAUCUUCCAAAAUCUUGAAAAAAAUAUGUUGUAGGUCCGAUCAUCUUCACCCCCAACUCUAAUUUAGAUAAUAAAACAUGUCUUCAGCCGAUGGUCCUCCCACAAAUCUCAGCCUUGUCCGAAUGGUGGCGGCCGAGGCUGUGGGGACGUUCGUGUUGAUGUUCUGCAUUAGUGGGAUAAUCGGAAACCUGAAUUCGAUGGGGAUUCAAACCGGGCUUUUGGAAUAUGCAGCGACCGCAGGUCUUACUGUGGUGGUGAUCGUCUUCUCGAUAGGCCCCAUUUCCGGGGCUCAUAUCAACCCUGCAGUCACAAUCGCCUUUGCAACGGCCGGCCCCUUCCCUUGGUCUAAGGUUCCAUUGUAUGUUAUUGCACAAGUAGGGGGGUCGGUUCUGGCGACGUACGCAGGGCAGUUCGUGUACGACAUCAAGCCGGAGCUGAUGCUGACGACGCCAGCCCGUCGGGGGUGGAUCGACGCCUUCUUGGUGGAGCUCGUCGCGACGUUCAUCGUGCUCUUCAUGACUACAUCGUUGUUCAACGAAUUGCAAUCGCUCAAAUAUGUGUCUGGAUUUGUUGCUGGAGGGGCUAUAUGUUUGGGAGUCCUUGUCUCGGGGCCCGUCUCAGGAGGAUCAAUGAACCCGGCAAGAUCACUAGGACCAGCACUUGUUACAUGGAGAUUUGAUAGAUUGUGGGUAUAUCUUGUAGCCCCGACGGUCGGAGCCAUAGCCGGUGUUGUUUUUUAUCGAGCCUUGCGCCUCCAAGGCUGGUCUUGCGACAUCAUCCAAGGCACCCAUCCCUCAUUGCAGUAGGGUGUGUCACUCCAGUUAUAGUGAUGUAGUAGUACAGAAAUUCAAAUGCAUUGCUUGGCUUUUUUCACUUCUCUAUAUUCAUCAAGAUUGCAAAUGUAAUGUCACAAUAUAUGUUGUCUAGGCUUGAUAAAAGUUAGUAGGAGUUCGGUUGCCAAGUUACUAUUUA